CCGAAAACUGCCUUGCUCUCUGCGGAAAUGAAGCGUUCCAUCGGCCAAUCCACCCUGUGUGGCGCUCUGCCUGCUUUGGCAGUGGUGGCCAUCUUCCUCUCCGUCUGUGUAUGUGAAGGCCGUCUCGUCGGAGGAGGCUCUGUCAAGGCAGCAGCCGUCGUGAGGGCGCCAGUGGCGGCGCACUCACGCUCGCCCGCUUUCAUGGUACGGGCGGGGGAGAGAGGGGGGCAAGAGGGCCAGGACGGUGUGUCGAUGGAGAUCUAUGCAUAGAUCUGGACUGGUGUUGAUUGGUCUGUGCCGUUCUUUGUGUGUGUGUCAGUUCCCUGAGACCGAGCUGAUCAAGGUGUUCGGUCGCCUGGCGGGUAAGAGGCGGACAGACAGACAAACACAUGCAUCACACCUCCCUCCCUUCUCCCUCUCUCUGUGUGCAUCACGUCAAUGUGUGUGCAGAGCAUGACUACCCUGAGGGCGAGUAUGCGGCGCCGCAGAAGCGACCAGACUAUGUCGUGAGUCAGACAACCAUCGAGGCUGCGUGAUAAUGGAUGGAGGAUAAUACCCGCCCUUUAUGUGUGUGUGCACCCGCUGCACUGCAGGAGCCUUGGGCGCUUGUGAUCCGGCCUCCUGUUUCGCCAGGCGUGCAGAGGUGGGCGGGCGGGGUGGUAGGGCGGGGUGGUAGGGCGGGCGGGAAGGACAGGCAGGGGACAGACAGUGCACCAUCAUGCCCAUAUGGGCCCAUGUGUGGGUGGGCUGGAUGAUGGAUGCAUCCCAUGCACUGCACUCAUGUGGUUGGUGUGAUUGGUGCAGGGCUCCCUGGGACAACCCCGCCGAGGCUUUCGCCUGGGACUCACUCUUCCCGAGGUCUGCACUGCACUGCACGGCUCACUCACCCACCCACCCCCCACACCGACGCAAUGCAAUGAGUGUGCCCAUCCCAUGACGUACACAAACGCCUUUCUGUGAUUGAUGCGAUUGAUUGGCCCACCAGGGGCGAGCCCGCUUUGAACAAGCGCAACUUCGCGCAGCGGCUGCGGAAGCUCCAGUUCAGAUGGCCGCUCAAACAGGGCUCGGCCAAGCCGGAGGGCGAGCCGGAGGCACUCGCACUCUUCAACGAGGUGGGGUCCACACACACACACACACACAUGGUGGUGGGGUGUGUAUGUGUGUGUCUGUGGAUGUGUGUGCGUGUGUUCAGGUGACGCGUCAGCUUCAGUAUUCUGACAAGGCGGCUGAUUUGCUGGAGCUUCGGUCCCUCAUCGACUACAGACUCAACUUCGAUGAAAUGGACCAAAACGUAAGCAGGCAACGACGAUCGACACACCACGCAUCCACACGCAGCCCAAGCCGUGUGUAUCUGUGUGUGUCGUGGCCACACACAACCAACAGGCUCUGAACGUGGUUUUCAACGCUCUGUCGGGCGGCAGAUACCAGGUGAGUCAGUCUGACGGGAGCGAUCGUGGGCUGAUCUGAUGAGUGAGAGGGGUGUUGAUAUCAACACAUGCCCAUGUGUGUGUCCGUGAUGUGGACCACAGGUGACUUUGGAGGACUUUGAGAAGCGUCUGGCCGAAUGGGCCAAGGAGAGCAAACACAGUAAGCCAGAAAGGCAUCCACGCAGAGAGAGUCGGAGAAGAACAACAUGUGAAUGGUUCCUCUGUGUGUGUGUGUGUGUGUGUGCAGCGUACAUCGACUACGACACGUUCCGCCAGCGUGUUAUCGGUGGGGGGCAGCUGGUGCCCUGGGCGUGGACCACCGAGAAGUAGACAGACAGACAUGCCGGCAGGCAGACAGGCAGGCGGCUAGGUAGCUUUAAUAGUGUGGUGUGGUGUGUGUGGUGCAUGUGACGUCCUUCUUGUCUUGUCUGGCCCUAGUUGUGAGUGAGGAUGAUGACGGAUGCUAUCGAUGCUAUCUAUGCAUGGUGUGUGUGAGGGGGGCAGAAUCUAGGAGACAGAACAGACAGACGGCUGCAGCCAGCUUGUCGGCACAUGCACACCCGGACGGACAUCGAUUGGCGGAAGGAUCGGUAUUAUAGCUGAGCUGAGCUGGGCUGGGCCGGGCCGACCUGGCUGCGAUGGAUGGAUGGAUGGCAGGAAGAAGGGGUGGAUUUAUUGGCGACCGACACACACACGUGACUGACACAUGGCUGUUCGUCGAUUCAUGGGACUCGUCUGUCUCAGUCAGUCAGUGUUUUUGGUCCAUUCACUUACUCAAGUGCACUCUUCCCCCCAACUCACACACGCAAUACAUACUCGAUGCAGAGAGGGGCAAACCGAGCACAACGAAAUAUAAAAUGUAGGCAGCGAUGAUCAUGCCCCCCCUCUCUCUCUCUCUUAAUCGCUCCUUUUGUUUCUACCGAGCCGUCUCUCCCAUCUGUCUCUCCCUGUUCGUUGUCACAUCUAUCAAUUUGUGGUGCACGGGGGUUGGGGUGACGCACCCAUCUCACGCUCCAUCUUUCCAUCCAUGCAUGGCUGGCUGGCUGCCCUUCUGCCCUCAAUCUCCCACCAGCGAGCUGGGUGGGUGGCUGCUC